GCGCUAUGCGCUGCAUCGACCGCUAGUAGACCGAGCGUGCAAACAUUGUCGCGUGCGCCGGCGUCGGCGCGGCUCCUAUCUCCAGCGUUAUCAGCCGGGGCCGCGGCCUGCUGGCACUGGCAUCGGUGACACAGUACACGGUGCGACAUGGCACGGGCAGCUACUGCGCGCACCAGCGUCACCAAGCACCAGGAGGAUGACCCAGGCGCGGCCGCCGCCGACUCGCUCGAGGCCGCGCUGGCCCAGCUGGGACCUUUCGGCUUCUACCAGGGGUACAUGCUGAUCAUGCUGUGCAUCCCCAACCUGCUCGCCUGCAUGUACUCGCUCAACUACAUCUUCGUUGCUGACUCGGUGCCCUUCCGGUGCGUGGUGCCGGAGUGCGAGGGCGGGUACCCGCAGUUCGAGAACGACGCGGCGGCGGCGCUGCUGCCGGGCGGCGCGUGCGAGCGGUACGAGCCGCUGCAGCCUGACCUGGCCUCCUGCGACCGAGACUCUUUUCACCAGAACCACACCAUCGCUUGUAACUCAUUCGUCUACGAGAAUUUUCACACCAUCUUUGCUGAGUUCGACCUGGCGUGCCGCGAGUGGAUGCGCACCAUGGUGGGCACGGUGCGCAACGUGGCGCUGCCCUUCGCGCUCGUCCUCACCGGCUACGUCUCGGACACAUAUGGCCGCCGAACGGCUUUCUGCUUAUUCUCUGCGUUUGCUGGCGUGAUGGGCAUCCUCAAAGCAUUCUCCGUCAACUACCAAAUGUACUUGGCCAUGGAGUUCUUCGAGGCCGCGCUUGGAUACGGCUUCAAUAGUGCCGGCUACGUGAUGAUGGUGGAGAUUGCGCACCCCUCGCUGCGCGCGGUGUUUGCGUGCGCCACCGGCAUCGCGUACGGCGUUGGCGGCGUGUUAUUCGCAUGGGUGGCCUGGGGCGUGCCCUACUGGCGCCACCUGCUCUGGACUAUCCACUCCCUGGCACUGCUGCUACCGCUGUACUGGCUGCUCCUCGACGAGAGCCCGCGCUGGUUGCAUGCCAAAGGCAACGUUGACAAGACCGCUGCCGUCAUUAGGAAAGCAGCUCAAUGGAACAAGGUAGUGGUAGACGAGGCGCUGAUGAGCAAGCUGCAGGAGACGACGCGCGCGGCGGCGUCGGGCGGGCGCGAGCGCGCGUGGCUGAGCGUGCUGCGCUCGCGCGUGCUGCUGGGGCGGUUCGCGGUGUGCUGCUGGUGCUGGGCCGCCACCACCUUCGUGUACUACGGCCUCACCAUCAACUCGGUGGCCCUCGCCGGGAACAAGUACGUCAACUUCGCGCUCAACAUGUCAAUGGAGAUAGCAGCCUCCGUGCUCAUCAUGAUGGCGCUCGAACGUAUCGGACGAAAGUUGUGCAUAUUUUUUGCAUUUCUGCUCUGUGGGAUCGCUUGUGUUUCGCCAUUUUUCAUAAAUCAUGAGGGCACCACCCUGGCGAUGUUCUUCAUGGGCAAGCUGUCGAUCACGUUCGCGUUCAACUCCCUGUACGUGUUCACGGCGGAGCUGUACCCCACACACACGCGCUCGUCUGCGCUGGCCGCCUGCUCGCUGGUGGGCCGCGUCGGCUCCGUGCUGGCGCCGCAGACGCCGCUGCUGAGCAUGUACCUGCAAGCGAUUCUGUAUGGCGCAUGCAGCGUGACGGCGGCGCUGGCGGUGCUGUGCGUGCCGGAGACACGGAGCGCCAGCCUGCCGCAGCGCGUGGCUGAUGCGGAGCGCCUGCGCCCUGCAGCGCCCCCGCCUGAGCCCCCAUUCGCCCCCGAGUCCCCGCCGCGCCCCCGCCUCGUGUCCGCUGAAACGUGAUCCUGAACAUAGAGCGGAGACCAC